AUGAACGUCUUUGGUGUCCAAGAAGAAUCAGAAAGCAAAGGCUCCUGCAGUCUGCAAGUCCGCGGGGCGCGGGACUCCUCCCUCCCUGUGGGCCAGUACUACUGGGGCCCCUACACGCUUUUCCCGCCCCACUGGACAGGGCAACGGUUCACGCCACAGCACGCUGAGGUGCAGGAGCUCUUCGCCAAGCUCGGGGUGCCGCAGUUCUUGCCAUGGCCCGACUUCUACGCCAUCCUGGCCUCCAUCAGCGCAGCGGCCGACCGGGCCGAUGCUGGGAAGGAUCCCGUGAUGCUGAGUGCUGCAGUGCACGUGUUCGGGCACCUGGCGGACGAGGUGGAUCAUGAGCUCUUCGAGAGUGAAGGGAGCUACGCUGUGGAUGGAGGUGCGCCAGUCGGCUCUGCGGCAAUUGCUCAGGAGACGAGCGAGUUCGCCGCAUCACCGACCUUGAGGCAGUUUCUUGACGCAGUCAAGGGCCUGCGAUGCGUGCCGACGGCUGGUGGUAGCUGGGCCACCUUACAGGAGGUCCGCUUCCUGCAUGAUCGGCAGCACAUGGCAACCUGGAGAGGUGAGGCUCUGCAGCUCGUAGCCGGGCUCGCCGAUGCCGAGCUGCCCAGCUGGGAGGCCGAGCGCCUGAAGCGCGCCUUCCGCUACUGUGGCUUGUCCAUGCCGAUCGUGUCGCGGCAAGCGCGCGUGCUGCGAUGGCAUCGUGGAAAAGAGGCGGCACUGGCUGCUGGGCUCUUGCUAGCAGCCGUGCGCUGGCUGUUGGAGGAUGGUGCGGCUCUGCGGGUGGAGCUGGCAGAGGUGCUGAGGUCUGCGACGCGCGCCGUGGAGUUUGUCGAGGCCCGGCCUGCCGAUGACGAGCCUGACCAGGAGGAUUCCGCCCCGGUGCAGCUCGAAGAGGUUGUGGAAGUCACCAAGCUCAGUGCUGAAAUCCUGGCGCCGGGUUCUGGGGAGAACAGUACGGCGCUUCUGCUACGCAGUCAGCAGGCACACGAGGACUCCAAGAACUUCGCGCUCGUGCGGACGCCCCUCCAGAUGGAGGGCUACGUCGGAUACCUGCAGGAGGCCCAGGAGGGCUUGGCCCAGGGAGUCCUCGUCGUGGCCUUUGCGGGCGAUGCGGCCCAGGCGAUGACGACUCCGCUUGCGGGGCACAUCGUUCAGCAGCUGGUGGACCAUUGCCUAGCCUUGGCGGACGGCGGUUGCGAGCAAACGGCAGACCUUGCGCCGAUGAAGCGAAAACUGCUGAGCCGCCUUCAGCAGGCGGCCUGCCAACUGCAGACUACCCCUCCUCGUCGCCUGGAGUCACCUGCGCUGGCGGUGGAGCGGGCUGUGCGGCAGGCGGGCUACACCGGCGGCGGUAGCCCAGAGGAUCUCCUUCCACCAUGGGCUCCCACCAUCUCGGCCCCCGCCGAAGCCGAGACGGAGGCGAUCGGCGCCCGCACCCAGCGCUGGGUCGAGGCCGGCGCGCGGACCGAGGAGCCUGCAGAACUGCCUUUGACGGUUCCGGAGAGCGACGAGGAAGAGGAUCCAGAACCUGCUGCGCUGGGGAGUGGCAUGGCUGCCAGCGCCGCAAAGGCUUUGUCGAAGAGGACGCCUACUGAUGCCACGGCGGCUCCUCCCAAGAGCUCGUUUGUGCCGGGCUUGCCCAUGGCGGAAACCUCUGCAGAAGGCGACGCCGCAGUGUCUCAAAGCGGCGCAGGCCUCCAGCCUGGCACGCGGCCCCCGGGCCCUGGCUUCGGGGCGGGCGUGGCCGGCGCGGCCGGCGCGGCCCGAGAGAACCGCGGUGCGCCGCGGCUCUCAGGAGGCUUCGGCAUUGGAAGCCGCAGCGCGGAAGCACUGGAGAAGCAGCUGCGGGGCAUGGUGGACUCCUUUGGCAAGGAACCGGAUGGGGACGGCCAGGGACGUCAUGACCAGGACUCGUGGUCUCUGCGGGCGGAGGUGGACCUCAGUGCGGAAGCCCGAGCCAGCUUGGCACAGCUGGCGGAGCUGCCCCAGGACGAGUUUACCGAGUUGGUCGGACGCUUGGGCGAGGAGGCGGCCAUGCACGCGCUGAAGAAACAGGGAUUCGACGUGAUCUGGGCGAACGGGGUGAACGAGACAGGCCUGCCCUUUGACCUCGUCGUCCGGCCUGCGACUAACGGCCGCCGGCCCUGGCCCCCUGCUCUUGCAGCGCUGGCGCAGUGCGCUGGGCAGCCAAAGGUGCAUCCCCUUCGCGAGAUCGAGGCAGCGCUAGCAAAGUUGCCGGAAGCGGCUGUGGUGGAGGUCAAGGCGAGCUUGGCCGACGCCCGAGGCGACGUCUUUGACAUCAGCCCCGCGCAGAUGGCCAUGGCGCAGCGCCUGGGUGAUCGAUAUUGGCUGGCUUUGGUCCGCAAGCUGGCAGCUGGAGCAGGUCGUGUACAAGUCCUCCAGGACAUGGACAAGGGCGUGCGAGAAGGGAGAGUGAAGCUUCUGCUCGUUGCUUGA